AUGAAAAGCAAGGUCAAAGGCAAAUCCAAGGGUAAAGGCAAGAGCAAACUCAAGAAAGAUCAUACCAACAACAAGGACAAUAUCUGCAUCACAGCUUCGAACGAAACAAUCACUGAAAUAAACCCAGACAGGGUCUCAGCAGAGAUCGAAACAGCCUUUCGAAUCGAAGACGAUACCCUUGACCAGCCACCACUUCCCAAAAACGAAGAUACUAACGCAGAAACGACAGUGAAGCAGGGUGAAACCAAUACCAACAGCAAUGAGGAACCACCUAGAGUAGGCUCGCUCAAAAGACGGUUGAAGAUGACCUUCACUGGCAACCCCUUGAAACUGCCCGGCGACUCCGAUAGGCACAGCUGUCAAAUUCACUCGCAGGAUAAAGCAACUCGCUCGGAACGCUCUGGUUCCAGCGCUGCUAGUUUGACGGAUAGCAACACCACAGGCACACAUGGGAGUAUUCACAGCCCGACAACGAAGUCGCCGACUACUCCUCCUACCCCCAAGUUUCUGAAGUACGUCAGGGCGACUAACGAUUAUAUGUUUCUGGAUCUGGACUUCCUGGAGACAGAUACGUCAAACAGGGUCAUUCGAGGCGGCUCUCUAUCUUCGAUGGAGGAUACGAAGCAGCAAGCACCACGAGUGAGCCCUUCAGGAAAGAAUUCCCCGGUGGGAGGAGACCAUGACACCAAGAAGGGCCUCCAAAAGCAGGUAGGUAGGUCUCAGAAUGCAAGACAAAUCCUUGGGAACCCUGCGAUUGGCACGAUUGAUAUGGGAGUGAACCAGCUUGCUACGGAAGGCACACCGGAAAAGCCUCUCAUAUCGCGAGGCUCCGCACCGCACCACAAUUGUGUCAGCGUCUCGCGAACAGCUCGCCGCAGCGACCGAUACGAUUCAACCACCCAACGCCAACCGACAACAUCUCGUUGCGCAUCUCCGACGUUCAAGAUGCGUACCUACGACGAUUCUUUCAGCGGUCAGAAGAUCUACCCUGGAAAGGGUAAGCUGUACGUCCGUGGCGACAGCAAGAUCUUCCGCUUCCAGAAUGGAAAGUCCGAGUCCCUCUUCCUCCAGCGCAAGAACCCCCGCCGCAUCUCCUGGACUGUCCUCUACCGUCGCCAGCACAAGAAGGGUAUCUCUGAAGAAGUCGCUAAGAAGCGUACCCGUCGUGCCGUUAAGUCCCAGCGUGCUAUCGUUGGUGCCUCCCUCGACGUGAUCAAGGAGCGCCGCAACCAGCGCCCUGAGGCCCGUGCUGCUGCUCGCCAGCAGGCCAUCAAGGAAGCCAAGGAGAAGAAGGCCGCUUCCGAGAAGGCUAAGAAGGCCAAGAACGCCGCCGCCGGCAAGGGUACCGCCCAGCGCAUCCAGAGCAAGCAGGGUGCUAAGGGCUCUGCCCCCAAGGUUGCCGCCAAGUCUCGUUAA